AGAAACAGCAGCGUCAACAAAUCAGCGCGUGGGUGCUUAGCUAGCAAGUUAGCUUUUCGGCUAGUCUCACAUAACGAGUUUGGCGUUAGUUAAAAGCUGAUUAGGCAGCAAGUUAGCUUGUUUCUCCCGUGUCGUGCUGUAAAUACCAGUGUAACUGUGUUAACGUUUAUAAUGUAUACACAGUUAUCCUGACCUAUUGCGACAUGGACGAGUCGGACAUCGCACCAAUCAUUCCCGGAGAUGUUCUCAACGCCACAUCAGCUGACGACCCGCUGUCGAACGACGACUCAUUCGGCCACCAAGAGGAGGCUGUUAACGAUGUAUCCACCACCCGCUCCGUUCGACCACCGUUUACGUGCCCGCUGCCGGUGGCGGUGGAGCCGGUGAUGUUCCUCUCCAUGUUCUCUCUGGCCCUGCAGGCACCGCUGGUCACUCAGUAUUUGUGGGACCGCAUCAGUGAAGAUCUCGGCUAUAACGGCUCCAAGAGGUCGGAGUGCAGCAACAGCUCCGUACCCCUGGACCCUCUUCAAAAGGAGGUGGAAACCUUAACAGCCCACUGGAACCUGUACAUCAACCUGUGGGGUUUCUCUUUAGGCCUGUUCAUGGUGCCUUUCCUGGGCUCAUGGAGUGACCUCGCAGGUCGCAGGCCAGUUCUCAUUCUCCCCAACCUUGGCCUGGCCCUGCAAGCAGGGGUUUACCUAGUGGUGAUGUAUCUGAAGCUGCCUGUGGUCUACUUUCUAGUAGGCAGGCUGCUCAGUGGCCUUUCAGGUGAUUUUAACACUAUCCUUGCAGGCUGCUUUGCAUACAUGGCAGAUACCAGCAACAGAAGGUCCCGCACCUUCAAGAUGGCAGUGCUAGAGGCCUGUCUGGGACUUUCAGGAAUGCUUGCCAGCAUAAUCGGAGGGCAGUGGCGGCAGGCACAAGGAUAUAUCAACCCCUUCUGGCUGGUCCUGGCCACCAACUUGGCUUCAGCUCUGUACGCAUACCUGUUUGUUCGUGAGUCUGUCCUGCCAGACCCAAGUGCAAAGCUCUUCACCACUCGUCAUCAUAAGGCCAUCUGGCACCUCUACUCAACAGGAGGCAGCAGCAGCAGCGAGGACAGUGGGAGAUUUCACAGAUGCAAGCUGUGGCUUUACACGCUGUGCUUCUUUCUGGUGGUGGCUGUGCACUCCGGCAGCAGGGAGCUGUUUGUGCUGUAUGAGCUAAGCUCGCCGCUGUGCUGGGGCCCCACCCUCAUUGGAUAUGGAUCAGCAGCUCAGCACUUGUCCUACCUGAGCAGUCUGUUGGGACUGAGGGUCAUGCAGUACUGCCUAGAGGACUCCUGGGUGGCUCUUGUGGCUCUGGCCUCCAACUUCAUCGGGCUGGUGGUCUUCUCUGUAGCUGACACCACCCAGCUCAUGUUCACAGGUUAUGGUCUGUCUUUCCUCCUCAUGGCUGUAACGCCUGUGAUCAGGUCAAAGCUGUCCAAGCUGGUGGACCCAUCAGAGCAAGGUGCCCUGUUUGCUGCCGUUGCCUGUGUGGAGAGCUUAUGUUAUCUGGCAGGAAGUGGUGUCUUCAACUCCCUGUACCCAGCUACCCGCCAUUUCAUGAAGGGCUUCACCUUCAUUUUUGCUGCCUUAAUCCUCUUCAUCCCUGCUGGAAUCAUUUGGACGCUGCAGUGUUUAGACCAGAGGAGGCACCGCAGAGACUCCAGAGCAUCCUGAACUGAAGCAAGACAGAGGGCAGGAAACUGCGAGAGUUCAAGUUUAACCUAAUGUCAAUGUGUGUACCGAGCAGCUCUGACACAGAGACAUCCAUGAUGCUGGGCGAGUUCGUAUGAACCCAGUGAAAGGACAGCCAACUGCUGUUAGCGCACCCACCCUUUCAGCUGGUUACACCAAAGCAUAAGGAAUCAGCCUCCUGACUGACAUCACUGAAAAGUCUCUUCUGUCUUAGUAAUUACACAUUAAACCCUGGGGCUUUGUCAGAUCUUUGCUGGCUCUGAAAACUUCAUCAUGGGAUUCAUGAACAAAACUAGAUAUACUGUGAUUUGAUACAUUUUCUGUGUGAUCAAUGCCAAAGAAUGUGCCUGUCAGGUCUAUUUUAAUGUAUUCAUUUCAGUCGCUCUACAGAUUGUGGUGCUAAACAUGAGAGGAAACUCAACAAUCACCUGACAUGUGCAGGGUUCCUAAUUCAGUAAUCAAUAAAGCUGCAUUUUCACUUUCAGAACCUAAUAAACUGUAUAAUCCACUGGCUUUUUUCCUGAGACUAUGAGCAGUUUAUCAAGCAGCUCAUAGAACAGAAUGCAAACUUGCAGAAAGGGGACAUCCAUUCCCACGGUCCACUCACCGAAGUCCUUGUUUUAUCUGUACACCAGCAAGUGAAGUCACCCCUAAACCAGCGGGUGUGUGUUUACACACCGUGCUUGUAAUGCUAAUGCUUGUGCCAUGAAGAUAGUGACAUUUAAUCAAUCACGCCCCCUUCCCCAUCACGUUCCUGAAACUUGAUUUUAGUACUACCUCCUGUAGCUCCUCCAAAGCAGGUGGAGGGCAGUGGGAACAAAUGCAGAGCCCAGGACGAGCACUAGGUGUUGUACAAUUUAAUCCACCCAUUUUAUUGGAUAACUAGUUAUUGUAGAUUAAUAGGGCAAAUGAUAAUCAACAAAUAAAUCAUGAUAUAUUAUAGGUUAAGAUAAGUAUUUACUGAGCCCUGGGAGAAAAAGACUACUUAGCAGUAUAUCACCAUGUUAAUGUGUGCCCCAUUUAACCAGCUGCAACAUUAAAGGAAUGCAUCUAUUAUUGCUGUACUAUGGUAUACACUAUUCUCAAAUGGGCAAUUCUGCAUAAUCACUUUCAAAUACUGUGAGCAUGUGUUGAUGUUAAUACUUUUUAAUAUUUCAAAUCCAGGUCAGGACCAUUUUUCUAUUGUGGUAUUGCUGAAGUAAAAGAUCUGAGCACUUGUACACUGUCUGUUUGCAUGUUUGAGUGGAGAGUCACAGCAGAGGUUUAUAAAACCCUCAAAGAGUCACUACUGGAGAUUCGUGGCAUCAUCCUGGAAGCAGAGAGAUCAUCUGUGCUGAACAUGUCCAAAACUAUCAGCAAUGCACAGCAGAGAGAGCGACAGUGUAGCAGCAGCUGGGAAUUACCGAGUUACACCAUGUCCCUCCUCUUUACAUCUCCAGGAAGAGUCCCCCCCUCCCCACCACUACUACCACCAUAAACUACACUGGAUAGUCCCAGAGCACAAGCCCACAGCCAACAUGCACACUGAGGUCAGGUCCUAGUUGCACACUGAGGGAAAUCGAGCUGCCAUAUUGGUUUUAAAAUGCACAAAGGGAGGAUACUAGGUUAAGUGAAUGAUUAAUGGAACUGUUGUGAACUGAUCUGCACCAAGAUGAUUUUUAACUCUGCUGCAGUUUGGUUGGAUCAUGUAGCCAAAGCCGUUCUGUAGACAUACUCCGUAGCACAACAUAAUCACUUGUGCAGUAUUAAUAAGUUGGGAUAAUGUGGUUUAUUGAAAUAGAAUCAGAUCAUUUUGGACUGUUUGUGAUGAAGAUGUUUCUGUUCAUACAUCAGACAAAAAGAAAUGUAUUCAAAUA